AUGAAGAUGUUUUUAUUUAUUGCAUUUGUCGCUCUUGCGGCGGCUCAUCCACAAGGCUAUGAAUCUGAAGCAUCUUCUGGUUAUGGAUCUCCGACUACGCCAUCUUCUCCUUCUUCAUCUUAUCAAGGAAAUUUUGGCAGUUACCAAAAAUCCCCUGAAGUUUCAGCAUACUCAUCUGGCUCUCCGACUGGAUAUCUAGGUAGUGGAGCUGCUGGAUAUCAAUCUACUUCUGGAUCGUAUCAGCAAUCAACCUCAGCACCCGCAUACAAAACUAAUGCAUUCUCUGGUUACCAAUCUGGCGCAGGAUCUGGUGCACAGUCUGGCUACCAGUCUGGCGUCUCUUCUUAUCAGUCUACUCCAGCAAGCUUACAAUACUCAAAAGCUGGACAGUCUGGUUACCAGUCUGGCGCUGGAUCUUACCAAUCUGCCCCAGCAAUACCAUCAUAUUCGCAAAACACCCAGUCUGGUUACCAAUCUGGUGCUGGUUCAUACCAAUCUGGUGCUGGUUCAUACCAAUCGGCCCCAGCAUCACCAGCAUUCUCUCAAGGUGCACAGUCUAGUUACCCAUCGGGUUCUGGGUCUUACCAAUCUUCUGCUUUGAACUCACAGCUAUACUCUCAAGCUGGGCAAUCUAACUACCAGUCUGGAGUUGCAUCUUACCAAUCUAGCACUGCUGCUUCGUCUUACCAAUCCACACCAGCUGCACAAACAUAUUCCCAAAGCGCAAAAUCCAGUUAUCAACCUUCAUCUGCAUCGUAUGGUUCAAAAUCGACUGCUGCACCGUCAUACCAGUCAUCUGGACCGUCAUCACAAUAUCAAUCAUCUGGACCGUCAUCUCAAUACCAAUCAUCUGCACCGUCAUCACAAUACCAAUCACAAGCCUCUCAAUCAUCAUAUGGCCAACGUUCCCGCCCAAAGCCUGUAUCAUCUACAUUAUACCAAAAAUCUGGAUCUGAAUAUGAAAGUGUUAAAGGAUCAAGUGCACCUGCCGAUUCUUACAAGCCAGGUAAUAAUGGAUACAACGCUUUUGCACCAGGCAAUAUCGCUGGACCACCUGAGGUUAAAGGACCAAUUACACCUCUUAAUGCACCAGUCGAUGCUUACAAACCAGGUAGUAAUGGAUACAACGCUUUUGCACCAGGCAAUGUCGCUGGACCACCUGAAGUUAUCCCUAUUCUAUCUCAGUCGAACCAACCAAAUCUUGGCGAUGGAUCUUACUCAUACAGUUACGAAACUGGCAAUGGCAUUUCAGUAUCUGAGUAUGGUCAACUUAAGCCAGGUGGCCCAGAAGGAAUUCAAUCUGUCUAUGGAUCUUUCAGCUACCCCGGAGAAGAUGGACAACUUAUUACAGUGACUUACACCGCUGAUGAAAAUGGAUUUGUUCCUAAGGGCGCUCAUUUACCAACACCACCACCAAUACCAGCUGAAAUUCUUCAAUCAUUGGAACAGAAUGCCGCCGAGGAAGCUGCACAACAAGCAUACCAACAACAACAGUCAGCUUAUGGACAAAAUGGUGCUUCGUCUUCAUAUGGAAAAGAAUCAGGAGCUUAUGGUCAGACAUCUGCCCCAGGAUCUUAUGGACAAACAUCUGCUUCUGGAUCUUAUGGACAAACAUCUGCUCCUGGAUCUUAUGGACAAACGUCCGCUCCUGGAUCUUAUGGACAGACUUCUGCCCCUAACUCUUACGGACAGACUUCUGCCCCUAACUCUUACGGACAAUCAUCUACUUCUGCACCAAAACAACCAAGCUAUCAGAAACCACAGGGCCCAUCAGGAUAUGGUGCGGAAACUAGUGAACAAUCUUAUGGACAAUCUUUCUCCGCCAGUCAACUGUAUAAGUCACCACAAGGUUACCAAAGCCAAAGUGCAUCAGCUUACAAAAAGUCUCCCAGUGCAUCGGCUUAUUAA